CAUCUGGAAAACGACACAAGAAAAAAUAAUAACAACAAAAGAGAUUACAAAAUACAUUUUUUGGUCUCGCUGAAUGCUGAAUGUGUCAAACACUGGGUUACAAAUGGAGAGCAAUCAAAAGCAGAGCCUUCACCAGGCCAUUCAACAAAAGUUUGGCACCCAAAAUGAUUCGACAAAAUUGAACACACCAACAUUUAAACUGGUCAUACCACAGCUGAAGAUACCGCAGCUGAACAAAGGCGACCCAACGCCCAGUGACCUUGCUGCACAGGAGAGGGAGCGUCAGGCAGUGGAUGCCCGCAAUGACCGCCUGCUGAAUGAAAUCAAGCGGCAACGUGAACUAUCGGAGGGGGGCACGGCGACGGACCAGACAGCUCCUAGAUUUGUGAUACCGCAGCUCUGCGUUGCACCCGGAGAGCCAUUGGCGGUGGCGGCCAACCUGAAUAUUCCAUUGCUGAACAAGCUUCACAGUCAGAACAUGAGCGACGGGCAGAAGCUGCCCAAGCUGGAGCGUGCUGUGGAUCGGCUGCACAUAUCAUCGGGUGACGACGGGGGUGACACAAUCUCGCCCCUGCGAGAUCCUCUGCCAACGGCAACCCCUCUCAUUGACCUGACCACAGCCUUGAUCAAAGGCAGCAAAUAUGCAGCCCCCAAGGAGUAUGCGACCAAAGCUAGACUUAAGCGAGCCCAAAACACGCAGAAGUUCGAUAUUCCAUUCAUUGCCUACGAUCCGGUGAAGCGGUUCGCCCCCUCGCCGUGCUUGUUGACGGACGACAAAUGCUCAACGAAUGCCGAAAGCAACGAUCUGCUGACUCCAGAGCAUCACAGUGUCAUUGGGCGUAUGCUGGAUGCCGUGGUUGGUUACCCGGAGCCACGGAAGCCACAGGUGAAAUACGCCAUAUCGGUGCUGGAGCGACGGCACCUGAAGAUGUACCGGCGGGAGGACUAUGGCAGUAAUGUGAAACGCUUUCGGUUUGAUACACCGUCGCCCGAUGAGGUAGUCAAACAGGCACUGCAGAAAACGUGGCGCUCUUCGAAAACCUAAGCUGAUUAAAUUAGACAUUAGUUGACAAUUGCUCUAAGCUAAAUUAGAUGUAACAAUAAACUAUCUUAUUUAAAA